AUGUUUAAUGAUAAUUCACAUCGUAUUGGAAAAAUUCCAUUAUGUAAAGCAUCUGAAACAGUAAGUAAUAUUUUAAAUCAAUUGUUAAGUCAAAAUGUCAAACUUGAUGAUUAUAAAAUCAAUCUCUCUAUUUCUAUUGGUAAAUACCAUGAUUCUGAAAAUUCAUCUUAUUUAAAAACAAAUUAUUCAAAAGUAAAACCUUCUACAGGAACAAUAUCAUAUAGUAAAUUUUCAGAAACUAAAGAUGUGAAAAAAAAUUGUUUAAUUUGUAAGAAAGCUUUUAAAAUGGAUAGUUCAGUUGAAUAG